AUGUCAAUCGUCCUGAUUGCGCUCUUUCUUCUUGCUGUAUCAAAGAAUCUUCUUACCACCUGGCAUCUCAUUUGCAUUAAUGAAUCUUCUGGCUUGAAUGAGAAAAGAAUAUGCUUUGAUCUCAACAAAGGUCGCUUUGUUGAUCCGAAAAUUGGCCGAAAUUCGAUUUAUGAUAUGGAAGAAGGUUGGAGUGUCGAUACGCUAGAUGUUCCGUUUGCAUUACGGAACACUUACAUCCUGGUUGCCCCUUCUGUCACGCCGAAUCAAUAUUUUGCGCAGCAAUCGAAACAUGCUCUUGUCCUCAGAGAGCUGGCUAUGGUAUCUGGGAUUCCUGUAGGACGCAGCUCAAUAGUCGAUACUAUGGGUCGUAAUACCAUUGACACAAUGUAUGAUUUAUCAACUUCGACACUGUGGGAUACGAAUGUACGGGAUGGAAGGAAAGAGAACAACUGUGGAAAAUUUUCCGUAUCUGGAAUUCGAUCAUGUUUGAAUAAAGCUGUCAAUGGACAAAGAGCUGUUCAGGAUUAUAUUAGUCGGUUGGGCAACUGGGGUUUUUUUGAGUGGACCAUUUCUUUCCAGAAAUUUGUUCUAGAAAAUUUGAAAUUUUUUGGUUGGACACAAUUAACCUGUGGCUUCAUUGAAUUGUUUUGGUCCAGCUGUGUAUUGCUUGACAUGCAUUAUCACUCUAACGAUUGGCGUGCAUACUUUACCAUGUUUACCGUAUCUUGGCAGUUCAUAUCAAUAAUUCUAAUAUCAGUGAAAUGUCCAUUACUAGAAAGAAUAAUAAAUGGUCAACGAAACCAAAUAAAUGCUGAAAAUAGCACUGCCACUGAACCUUCAAGUUGUAAUGUUGAUUUGCGUAUAGCAAAACUUCAUACAAUUUUAAAUUUUGAAAAGCAACGGUCAGAUGAAAGAAAAAAACGACGAAAAGAAAGGUUGAAAAGAGAGGAAUGCGUUAAAGAUCCUAAAGAAUUUCCUAAUAACUUAACACAAUCGGAAGAAAUUGACUCGCGAACUGCAAAGGACGUUUCUGGAACUGUUAAUAAAAUAUCGGAUCUGAAAGCUACCAAAGAGCAAAAUGAUAAAAGUUUGGCUGAUAUUAUAGAAGAUCAUCGUGCUAACAAACAAUUGGGCUGA